GGCCAUGGCUUCUUUCGAGAGGUUCGCAGAGCUUCCCAAAGAGCUUCGGGAUCGGAUCUGGAGUUUCGCUGGUCGAGAUGACCGUCCUGGUGUACAUAUCUUCGGACAGUAUGACAACACAAAGGAGAACACGAGCGAGAGCCAGUUCUUAAGAUACGAUGACAGAAUAAGUAAAAGCUGGGCUGCACCUUCAUGGCGCCGAUACUAUGAGAACUUCAACGAGGACCGCAGCGACGAGAACAUCUCAACAUACUUGAUCGAUGGCGGCCUAUGGACAGCUUGUCAUGAAUCACGGCUUAUCAUGGAAAGACGAUUCGAACAGUCAAAUCGAAAGCGCGAUGACGAAGACACUUGCCCAAGACACGACAGAACAAAAGAAGUCUUCAAAAAGGCUACAACGGGCUGCUUUGACGGUACACCUCUUCAUCCGGUGACAGCCUUUCCCCACCGGGAUCUUUUCGUCCUUCAGUGUAAUGACUUGAAAAACGUCAAUUGGAGCUUACUUGGAUUAGAGGCUUCAAUGGCGUUUGAUGCAGAGGGCUUCAAUGGGGUAAUGCACGUCGCAUUAGAGUACGACCCAAAGUGGUGGGAUGAGACUCAUUCAAGGGCAACGCCUUUCUGCCUGAUUGAAGAUGUUUGGGAAAUCAUGGAGGCUGCCUUUGAAAUGUGGCCCAAUGUCUGGAAACUUUGGUUUGUUGACCGCUCCCUGAGAAGAAAGAAAGAAGCCCCAGCGUUCAAAGAAAAGGCAGACAAUGGCUACGAGAUCAAUGCCUUCUAUGCCAGUGAUAGGAGGUUUUUGGAAGUAAAUUGCAACAGUUGGGUCAGCAUGGAAAAGGAAUGGGAAUACGUCAGACCUGUGGUGGAUAAGUCGAAUGAUGGCUUCAGCUCAUCGCUGAAUUUUAUUCGAGAAUUAGAGUUAGAGCUCCGUGAUAAGUCAUAUCCCACUUCAGAUGACUAUUCCGAGCCUUACUGCAGCAUUGGGCUACUUGGGUGGGAUGAUCUAUGA